CUUCCCCCUUUAUCGCGACGCGAUAUCACGGUGUUCCACUGAUCUAACCACAUUACAGCUCUAUUAUUUUAUUAAUUGUAGCAUAUAUCGAUUAAACUAAGUCUGCGUCGAUGUUAUAAGACGAACAUUAUCAUGAGCGGCGUCCCGGAUAACGCACCCCAGCAUUGCCCCGGCACCGGCAGUGAGGACGCCGGUAAAGCUUCGGCGUGCGCCGGAUGCCCCAACCAAAACAUCUGUGCCUCUGGUGCAACGUCAGCCCCCGAUCCUGCUAUAGAAAUAAUCAAGGAGCGCCUCUCUAAAGUGAAACACAAGAUCCUCAUCCUCUCUGGCAAGGGAGGGGUUGGGAAGAGCACAGUCACUUCCCUACUUGGACAUGCUUUGGCUGCCAAGAACCAGGACAUUAAUGUGGGAAUUCUGGACGCGGACAUAUGCGGGCCGUCGCAGCCCCGCGUUCUCGGCGUGAGCGGCGAGCAAGUCCACAACUCGGGCUCCGGCUGGUCGCCUGUGUAUGUAACGGACAAUUUGUCUCUGAUGUCCAUCGGCUUUCUACUCGGCAGCCCCGACGACGCAGUGAUUUGGAGAGGACCGAAGAAAAAUGGAAUGAUCAAGCAGUUCCUCAGCGAGGUAGAUUGGGGAGAACUAGACUACCUAUUAAUUGAUACGCCUCCCGGCACAUCAGACGAGCACCUGUCCGCCGUGCAAUACCUGACCGGCGCGGGUCUGACCGGCGCGCUUGUCGUGACCACGCCGCAAGAAACCGCGCUUCUCGACGUGCGCAAAGAACUGCAAUUCUGCAAGAAACUAAACGCGAGAGUGCUAGGCGUCGUGGAAAAUAUGUCGCUAUUCAUAUGCCCUAAUUGCAAGACACGCAGCGAGAUCUUCCCAGCAACAACCGGCGGUGCAGCCCAAAUGUGCCUCGAGCAAGCAGUACCCCUGCUGGGCGCGCUGCCGCUGGACCCGGUGCUGGCGCGCUGCUGCGACGACGGACGCGAUUUCGUCGCGGAGCUGCCCGGCUCGCCCGCCGUCGCCGCGCUGAUGGCCGUUGUUGACAAAAUUGUAGCGGCCUGCGAAAGUACUUCUAGUUAAUAAGUGAUGCCUUGUUGUUAUACUUAAUUGUCAAAAUUUAUACAAUCUAACACUGCUAGUCCAGUGCCCUGUUUAUCAAAAGCUUGUAGCUUGUAAUACAAGUGGAAGUCCCUUUCUAACAAAAGCUUUCAAAAAGUGAGUUCUGUGCCCUGUUUAUCAAAAGCUUGUAGCCUGUAAUACAAGUGGAAGUCCCUUUCUAACAAAAGCGGUCAAAAAGUGAGUUCCGCUUGUAUUACAAGCUACAAGUUUUUGAUAAACAGGGCACUGCUUGUAUUACAAGCAACGAGCUCACAAUCUACAGAUCAGGGGCCAGUUUAUCAAAAGUUUGUAACUUGUGGAAGUGUGGAAGGAAGAAGUGGAAAUCCCUUUUCGGCAGCUUUUGUUACAAAGGGACUUCCACUUAUUACAAGCUACAAGCUUUUGAUAAACGGUCCUUUAGUGUAUAAUUAUUUUCCACCGUAUUUUCACGGAAACGUACAAACGUGUCGUGACAGUCAGUCUCGGUACAAAAAGUACUGACGUUGACUGAAGUAGCAUGACAAAUACGAAAUUCCGAGAAAAUACGAGGAAAAAUAAUUAUGCACUACAUCUGUAUUUAAGCUAUUGGUACAAAGAAUAUAUAACCACUGUGUUUAUUGCCUAAUGUAGAAAAUAUAUGUGUCAGUAUAUUAUUUAUUUGUAAUAAAUAAAUGUUAUUUUAUUAGU